GUUUCACCACGGAUUGGUCUGCAUGCGGAUUAUACGGCCUGAUUGGCGUCAACCCGUAAUGCCCACGCGGUGUUCCCGUGGAUGCGGACAAACGGCGUCCUUCGCAGGGCUGCACUUGGCACCCCACUCCACUCCACCUCCGAUGCCUAUACCUGCUAUCCUGGCUGGUGGGUCCCGCCUUGAGACAAGCGAACGUUGAUGCAGUGCAGGGGCGUGCCCUCGUUCCCCGCCUCAGUACCAAAGACCCUGUGGCGGAUGUUUUUUGGUGUGGUGAUGCAGACGUCGAGUUUGUAGCUUCAGGGACGACUAGACGAGAGUGAACCGAGCCUAAAGCGCAAUGUGCGUCUCUGUAAACAGCUGAUUCAAAGUCUUGUAAGCUGCUUUUCAUUACUUGUCUAGCAAGUGUAUCAAGAGGUGGAGGAGGUGGAAGAGCUUGGUUAAUCUCCAUGUCGCUACCACUAGGCUUCGAAACCCCCAGCCGUUCGCGACCUUUCCGACCAAUCUUCUCGCAUAUACGUGUAAACUUCCGCCGGUUACACUACCUCGGCCGUCGUUCAUCCGGGCAUCGACGCCGACGCUGCCUCUUUCACUGCCUCGGUGUUUGCUCACCAGCGCGGUUGCCGUCUCCGCCAACUCUGAGACAAACGCGCCUGCCUCAUCGAAUCGCGAAACCGCCUUCUAACUUCACACCCGCGAAAGCUCGACUACAUUUCUUUCCUCUUUUGGCGAACUGCAAUCGCCCGUCCGUAUUGCCCACAAUGGCUUCAGCCGCCCGCCUCGAACGGCUUCGCAAGCUCGUACAGCCUGAUUUAGACGCGCUUCCUGAUAGGCCCGCCUCGCCCGAGCUGGAUCCAGUCAGUGACGAUGAGAAGGGCGGCGGUGUAUCCCUCAUGCCAAAUGGCGGUCCGCCAUCGCAGCCUCCACCCAGCAAACAGCCUACCUCAGAGGCUCCCCGUCAUGCGUCCAAUACCGAGUCGUCCCCAAAACCCGCACCCACCCCUGCCGCCGAAGAGAACACAGACCGCCGGUUCGUGUGGGUACAGGGUGCCUCGAGCUCGUAUAAUCUAGGCUCCAUGCCCAAGCUUUCCGCCCUUCCUACUACCAAAUUGGCACCGACCGACCUCAAGAAAGGCGAGCUCGCUCCCGCCCGCCAGUACUUCACGCCCAUAGUAGCUCUUUCCAAGUAUCCCUACAAGUUCUGCAAUCAGAAGUGGAUGCAAGAGAUCGCUUCCGCCUUCUUCGACGGCGGCAAGUUCUGGGCUCGACAGUGGGAUCUCUACUACGUGUGGGGCAUUGAAGCUACGAAACCCCUCAUUCUCGUUCGCGACAGCCAGUUCGAGGACCUUCUGAGCGAGAUUAAUUCAGCACUGAAACUCGGGGUCAAAAUUACCGACCAGCAGCGUGAGGAAGGCCUUGUCAGCCGCUUUCCGGAUCACCCGCGCUGUCUGCCCCGCUAUCUUGGACGCUCUCACUCGAGGGAAGAGUACGACAUGAUGACCGACAACGCCCCGGGCGCAGGCUCUCGAGCAGCGGGAGAGCCGGCAUCACCAGCACUAGAUGGCCGUACGCUAGAGGACUUCAAGCAGAUGAUGGAAGAGCUGUGGGAUCUUCAGAAGAACAAGGGCAAGCAGCAAAAGGAGAAGAAGAAGAUGGAGAGGAUCGCACGCAACAAGGUGUUCGCUGAUCAGUUCAAGCGCGCGCAGCGAUUCCUCGGCCUUCGUCCCACCAUGCAGAAUGGACAGACAGCAUCCGGCCUGCCACCAACUGUUGAUACCGCUCUUCCCGCUCCCUUUCCCUUUGACCGCUCCGUGGUCUUCGUCUGCGUGGACGUGGAGUCCUAUGAGCGAGCACACCACAAGAUCACCGAGAUUGGCAUUGCCACCCUUGACACCCGUGACCUGGCUGGCGUAGCACCCGGCAAGGACGGUGAGCACUGGAGGUCAAAAAUCCGCGCUCGCCACUUCCGUAUCCGGGACAAUGCGCAUUUGGUGAACUCCGACUUCGUCGUCGGAUGCCCUGAUCGUUUCGAUUUCGGCAAAUCGGAGUGGCUACGGCUAGCAGAUGCUCCGGCCGUGGUCGGUGCUUGCUUCAAGCCACCGUUCUGCGCUCACACUCCGGAAGGAGCGAACGGAUUCGUCACCAUGAUGGAUACCUUGGAUCUCGGUGAGGAGCGCAAUUUGAUCUUCCUCGGCCAUGAUACUCUCGGAGACGUCAAAUACCUUCAGCGAGCUGGCUUCGAUCCGUUGACCCUACCUAACCUGCUGGAAGCGCAGGAUACGGCGACCAUGUAUCGGGUCUGGCGUCGUGAGCAACAGCCGACCACAUUAGGCAAGAUCCUGUACGACUUCGAUAUUGCAGGGUUCAACCUCCACAAUGCGGGCAAUGAUGCGGUCUUCACUGUACAGGCCAUGCUAGCGAUCUGUGUCCGCGAGGCUUCCAUUCGGGGAACUACGGAUAUGAAGGAAAAGCGCGACGAGGAGAACGCAGCUAAGCUAACCGUUGCCCAAGAGGAAGCUAAGAAGCAGGCGGAGGACGAGGCUGCUGGUUGGAGUGACCACGAAGCCGUAGGAGAUGGCGGGGCACCUGUGCCCAUUGUCAUUAAGGAGACACCAAUGCCGUCGUCUGCCGCGGAUCGUGCUCAUAAAGGCAGUACACUAGUGCAGCCGCAAGGAUUCGUCGGCUUUGGCGCGCCGAAUCUCAGUAACAGUCGUGGAGCAGGCCGCGGUGGUCGAGGAAGCGCAAACGGCUCCGCAAUCAAGGGCGAUAGCAUUCGCCGUAACGGCGCAUACCAUAACUCGGAUAGCUCUACUAGCGCUUCCGACCGUGGUGGCCACCGAAACCCCGGACGUCCUCGAUCGGCAGGACAAAGCCCGCGCGGAGGUCGAUUUCACACAGAGAGUCGUGGUCAAGGACGUGGACGUGGCGGAGGCCGCGGUCGCGCUCGCGGCUCCUUCGGUCCCGGCACUCAUUCGCGCUCUGACGAUGGGUACCCUCCGCCCGAACCCGAGGUGAAGUAUUAUUGGUAAAGGGUUGAACCUCCUGCUUGCGGCCUGCGGAGGAUGGCUUGGGCCGGGCGGUGCUCAUAGUAUGGAUACAGCGGUGGCUUGCUCUUUUGGCCCCUUCCAGGGAUAUGGCGUAGUACAUGGGAGGUGGUAGUCGAGCUAGCUUAUGCACCAUAGCGAUAAUGGUGCGAUUCACUCGUCUUUUCUUUCUCUUUCUCCACUUGCACCUCAAGUGCUGCAGGACUUAGGAAAUGAUCUUACAAACUGUACAAAAGCGAUUAUGUUUUGAUA